GUGUCCACACUAUCUCUUCCGCCGCCGCCUGCUAUUCAGUAGCACAACAACUCCGCAUGUAGCUAACUAGCUAAAGUUGACAACAAGCAGAGAUUAUUCAGUUAUAUCACUUCUUUGACGAACCAACUCUACUGAGGAAAUACCACGUCCGGUCAGAGAACAUGUAGUCUCGUGUUUGUUUAGAGUAAAAGCGGAUAAUAAGGAAUAACUAAGACUACUGUUAGCUACUGUUAGCUGUCGUUAGCUGUGAUGGCAGCACCGACUCCACUGAUCUCUGCUGCUGUGUUGAGUCAAAAGCAACGCAAGGCAGCUCUGAGGAAAGAGAGAAGAAAACGGAAACGCCAAGCUCUCGCCCAAGCCAGAGAAAGUGGUUUCAAAAAUGGAGCAAGCUGUUCACCUGCACAAGAUGAAGACAUAAAUGAUGAAGAUGAUGAGGACAUUGAUGUUGCAGAGGAGGAAAGACUGCAGCUGCAUGAAGCGUGGUUGGAAAGAGAGAGGCUCGCCCAGGAGGAGUUCAGGCUGAUAGCUGAGAGGGAGGAGGCUGUGAGAAAAAGAAAAGAGGAAGAGGAGCGGAUGAUAAAGUUGGAAUGGGAGGCCCAGCAGAAGAAAGAACAAGAAGAAAAAGAACAGAGGCAACAGGACAAGCGAGACAGAGAGGAGGCCGUUCAGAAAAUGUUGGAUGAAGCUGAAAAUCAGCUAGAAAAUGGAGGACCGUGGAUGAAUCCUGAGGCUCCUGUGGCGAAGAACUCGGAGAACUUUGGGACCGAGCGCGACGUCGCCAACUGUCCGUUCUUCCUGAAGACAGGGGCGUGUCGAUUUGGAGACAGAUGUUCUCGGAAGCACGUUUAUCCCGAAGCCAGCCCGACUCUGAUGAUCCGCGGUAUGUUUACGACGUUUGGCAUGCAGCAGUCGCGCCGCGAUGAUUACGACAUCGAUGCUUGUUUGGAACACAGCGAGGAGGAGCUGCAGGAGUCUUUCCUCGAGUUCUACCACGACGUCCUGCCAGAGUUAAAGAGUGUCGGCAAGGUGGUUCAGUUCAAGGUCAGCUGCAAUUACGAACCACACCUGAGAGGAAAUGUUUACAUUCAGUUUGACACAGAGGAGCAGUGUAAAGAGGCCAUCAUCAAGUUCAAUGGGAGGUGGUACGCAGGCCGGCAGCUUACCUGUGAGAUGUGUCCUGUUACACGCUGGAAGAAUGCUAUAUGUGGAUUGUUUGACAGACAGAAGUGCCCCAAAGGGAAGCACUGUAACUUCCUGCACGUAUUUCGAAACCCUGGCAAUGAAUUCUGGGAGGCCGACAGGGACCUGCACUUGUCACCAGACCGCAGCGUGAGGGGGAGUCGCAGAGAAGGGUGGCAUUCAGAGCGAUACGGAGACCGAUCGUGGAGGCAACGUCAGCGCAGCAGAAGCCCGCCGAGAUCCGAGAGAUCCCACAGCAGACGAGAGAGCGACAGGCGGAGGAGCAGGAGCAGGAGCAGGAGCAGAGAGAGGAGCAGGGACAGGAGCAGGGAGAGGAGCAGAGAGAGCAGGUCCUCCCACCAGCACAGAGAGGACAGACGCUCAGUCAGACACAGUGACAGGAGGAAAGAUUGGUAUCUGAGCAGAAGUAGAGACAGGUCGAGGAGUAGAAGCAGAGACAGAGAGCAAGACAGGCCGAGAAACGGGAGUAGAGAUAAAGACAGGGAGCACAACUACAGGAACAGAAGUGAAGAGAGAGACAAAGAUACAGACGCUUUGGAAAAAGUGAGAGAAAGGUCAAAAAGCACAAGCAGAGAAAGAAAGAAACAAAGUAGAGAAAGGAGUCCCAAGAAACCAGAUAAAAAUGAGAAACCCUCUAACGAGGACACCAACAAGCGCCGCCGCCAUAAACAAUCCAAAAAGAGCAAGAAGAAGAGCAAGAAGAAGCACAAGAAGAAAAGCCAUUUGCCUGAAGGGAUAACGUCAUCUGGAGAGUCAGAGAGGGAGAAAGAGUCAGAGGAACAGACUGCAACGAGUCCCGGUCAGGAGAUAAAUGAAACUGAGAUAAUUCAGAAGAACAAUGACGUGGAUGAGAGUCCACGUGUUGACAGUGAGAAGUUCAGUCCUGAGGUGAAAAGUGAACAGUCUAAAACAGAAAUACCAAGUGAGCCUGCUGGAAACGCUGACACGAGCACCUCUUAGUGGCUCCUACAUUUCAUAAUCUGUGAAUUUUUUUCUGGCUUUUCUCCUUAUAACUAUGUGAAUGUAUAGGGAGGAAUAAGUGAAAUGUUUUGAGCAGUGAUACAGUAAGUUAGCAUCCGUCACCGAUGUGUACAUAUGUGAAUAUUUUUGCUUUUGGAAGACGGUUAAUGUUGCUUUAAUUAUUGAACACUGGAUCGCUGGAGCUGCGGCAAUACACGGUUAAUGUUGCUGAGUAAAAACAAUAUAAAACAAAAGAUCAACAGAUGGGGUGUCUUUUUUUUUUAAUACAUUUAUUGUUAAUAACUUUCAAAUAUAAGAAAAAAAUGUUGGCAAAUGUGUUGGCAGUGUUCAAUACAAAAAGUGAUAUUUUUUUUGCACAAAUCAAAGAUGAACUUGUUAAAUAAUGACUUCAACAGAAACACUUUGUGGUUUUAAGAAUGCAGAUAAAAAGUUUGGAUGAGCAUCUA